CUUGCAGUAUAAACUUCCGAUACAAAUUUUUGUUAUUGUCGGCAUAAAUUUUCGUUACUUACUCUACUAUUUGGAGUUGGAAAAUAAUUUGGACUAUUUCAUUUAAAAGCUUUGGUCAAGUAGAAAAGAAAGAUAGUUUUAAUAUAAUGGAAAUUAGAAAUUAGGACAAAAUAUAGGUAGAUGAUCAACUCAACUGCAGCCAGUUUGAUGUGUUCAUAAAAGUGCGACAUUUCCCUAAAGAUGCCAUCGUCAGUCAUGUCAUCUGAUGCUGCAUCUCGGACAACUGGUGGUGCUGAAGAUGAUGAUUCCAGUGAUAGCCAAUACACGGACGAAUCGGAAACAGACAAUGAUCAUGAUCCUGAACAUCCAAAUAUCAUCUGGACAGGAUACAACAAGAAAAUUCCUGUUGUGCUUUUCAAGUCUGAUGUUCUCAUACACAGGAGAGCGGACAUGCGCUCAAUUGGAGAAAAGUACCACCUCGCAUAUAAGAUUGUAAAAACAGAGUGCAAGUUGAUACGAUCUGUUCUGGCUGGUCAUGGAUUUCAUGAGGCACACCCCAACAGCAAUGACUUCAACUUGAUGUGGACAGGAUCACAUCUCAAACCAUAUGUCCUCCGGAAUUUGACUGAAUUUCAGAAAGUUAACCACUUUCCAAGAUCUUAUGAAAUCACAAGGAAGGACAGAUUGUUCAAGAAUGUCCAACGAUUACAACAAACCAAGGGAUUUCGGCAUUUUGACUUCAUUCCUCAGAGCUUUGUGCUCCCUGGUGAAUUCCAAGACUUUUGUACUGCAUUUCUAAAGGAUAAAGGCCCAUAUAUAGUAAAGCCCAUUGCGUCGUCUCGUGGAAGAGGAAUAUUUCUUGUCAAUCAUCCAGAGCAAGUGCCACUCGAUGAGCAAAUCAUUGUCUCUCGGUACCUCUCUAAUCCACUUCUAGUUGACGGUUUCAAAUUUGACAUACGUCUGUAUGUAGCAGUGACCUCAUACGACCCAUUACUCAUCUAUCUAUAUGAGGAAGGGUUGACAAGAUUUUCGACUGUGAAAUAUGACAAAGCAACCAAACACAUACGAAACCAAUGCAUGCAUCUGACAAACUACAGUGUGAAUAAGAAGAAUCAAGACUAUGUGCAGAAUGAUGAUGCGGAUGUGGAAGAUUAUGGGAAUAAAUGGUCCCUUGGUGCUCUUCUCAGGUAUCUAAGGUCAGAAGGGAAAGACACUACAGGUCUUAUGCUCAGAAUAGAAGAUGUAGUGAUCAAAACCAUCAUAUCUGCUGAGAUGCAUGUUGCGACUGCCUGUAGGAUGUUCAUGCCAUUUAAAGGAAACUGCUUUGAGGUCUAUGGUUUUGAUAUCCUGAUCGAUGAAAACCUCCGUCCAUGGAUCCUAGAAGUCAACCUUUCUCCAUCCUUAGCAUGUGAUGCUCCACUUGAUCUCAAGAUAAAAUCAAACAUGGUGUCUGAUCUCUUCAGUCUAGUUGGUUUCGUGUGUCAUGAUCCCAUGAUGAGACGUGUGCACCAGAGUAAACGAAAUGUUGACGUUGCCUCAAAAACUGCCGCAAGAACAUUGUACAAUGCGAUUGCAAGGGUAAAAUCUGGGCGCCAGCGACCCAAUUCGGCAAGUUCUGUCAGUAGUAUUGGGCCCCGACCCAGUAAUCGAACUGCGUCAGGGUUAACAAGUGAGGAAAUUCGAAUUGUUAGGAGAGCCAAAGAGGAAGCAAAGCGUCGUGGAGGCUGGGUCAGAGUCUUCCCUUCACCAGAUUCAUGGGACCUCUAUGGGCCUUUCUUACAAAGUGGUUCCUCACAUAAUCUCAUGCUUCACCAGAGACUUUUUCCAGAAAGGAACUCCCAGCCAACGCGACCAGGCACUAGUACAUUGAUGAAAUCAAAGUCCCUCCAUAUCCACUCCACCCCACAUCCACAACUGAUGCUUGCUCAGGCCACGAGAUGCAAUCUCACAGGCUCCCACUCCCUCAUAUGCCCAUAUGCUUCGGUGAAGGGUAACACUGACUUCACCACACGUGCAUUGAAAAGAACCGUCCUGUACGAGAGAAAGCUGAGUUCAUCAUUGAGCAACAAGAAGAAAAGGAAGAAGCAGCACCCGCGGCCUCAUACGGGACCAUUGGCUGAGGGGAUAUAUCGAGGUAGCCUAGUCAAAGCUGAAGUGGUUGAGGUCGAAGUCUCAUCUCAGACAGAUCUAUCUAUCAUGUCCAGAGAGGAGAUGAACGAACAGAGACCAACAGCUAAAGAAGAAACUAAGAUCAUACAGCUCGAGACGAGUGAAGAGCUGAAACAGAGCCGGGUCGUCAAGGGGAAGGAGAAUGUAGAGCCUAUGAUGGAUGAGGGGAAGCCGCCAGUGUAUAAACCGCCUUCGAGUGUGGGUGUGAAGCCUGCUCCGGUUUCAAGACUGUCCAGAUCGGCUAUAACUCUCCCUGAGGAGAAGUUCAAUAUUGUGGAGAUACUGGAAGGUGGUGGAACUAUGAGCAAAGUGCAGGCAAGGACAGCAUUUGCUACAUAUCUGACACGGGUAAAGCAUAGAUUGAUCUCAGAGAAUGGAACCCAUGAGGCUGGUGAAUCAGAGGAGGCCAAUGAACAAAUGAACCGCACUAGAGACAUAGAUUUGGUGCUACGUUUCCUCAAGAGAGCUGCAGGCAAUCUCCAGCAGCCAUUCCGAGUUAUUGUUCCAAGUCGGCGGUUGCCAAUAACGGACAGAAGACGGAUCUUGGCCAAGCAGUUGGGAGACUUUGUGCACAUCUAUGGCAAGGAGACCGAGCAACUGCGUCAGAGGAGACAGUUGGAGAGACGCCAGUGGAGACGACCGAGUGCCGGUAGUGCCACCAGCAAUGCACCAACUGAGAAUGCUAUGGAUGAUGACAAAUUUAACAGAUUUGUUACAACUGCAAAUGAGAGUGAAUUGGAAGAGGUACUUACAACAUAUACCAAGCUUAACAAGUCUGCAAGCAUAUUCCUUGGUGGGAACAGAAGUGGCAUGGUAGAGGUACCAGUUCAUCGAAUACCGCACACCCCCAACAACUCGGAAACAUCGCUAGUGAAACGCAAAGAGGGUUUUGAAAACAGGGAAGAAGCUGAGAGUAACUCUGCACAAGGAACGCCUGUGCCCCCAGAGAAGAGAGAUGGCGAGACCAAGAUGCAGCCAAGCAAAUAUUAUGCGCACAACAAUCCCAUGUCUUCAUACUCUGGUGCUGUUGCAAUCUACAGUACAAAACUGAAGCCAAAUGUGAAGCAACGUCCUGUGUCUGCUAGCACUGUGCGAUCAGCUUCCUCACGUGUCAUGGCUAACCGGCCCAUGUCAGCAGUCAACCAUGCUGGAACUUCUAUCAGCAGAGUCGAUGCGAAUGGGGAAGUGCUUGAUGAGCAAUAUGUGGAGGAGAUGAAUGAUGCUCUUACAAGACUACAAGUAAGGCAACAAAAACGACAAUAUGCGGCUCACAAGUCAACGAACGUCCUAUCAAAUAUGCAACCACCUCCGAAGCAUGCACCAUUUCAACGAUCAAAUACCACUGCAGGAGAUUUUACAAUGACGAAUAGUAACAAAACUGCUGAGAAGGAAAGAGAGAUAGAAGUGGAACACCUGGAAGAAGCCAGACCACCUAAAACUGCUGACGGGUCUCAGUCAACCCCAAAUAUCAACUUCCAUUUGAACAAUUUAGGUGCACAGAAAAUCCGUCCUCAAUCUCAACAGAACCAACAAGUGACCCGUUACUUUGAUGAGAUGCCGCUUUAUGAUAGUGAAGCUGUAAAUAUCUAUAAUCACUCCACUGGUGGGAUUUCUUCUAAUCGAUAUGCCGCAACUAAUGGUAGCGCCAUACCGACUGGAUUGUUGCAGCAGCAGCAGGCCCUCAAACAGCAGCGGAUGUACGAACAAAGUAAAGCUCUGCUGGAACAGAGUAAGGCAAAGCACCAGGCUAUGGUGGCUCAGGCUCAUGCUGCCCGUCAGACUGACCCGAACUCAGGAUACACACCCAAACCACCUCCAGCUCCUUCAGGACACAGGAAACCUAUUAAUGCAAGUCGAACUGUUAGAGUUUCAACGAAUGAGGAGAAUGGACAAAGUAAUGGUUCAUAUGGAAGCCUCCAGUAUGGCACAUCCAGAUCUACGACAGUCAUUGGGCGAGAAUCAUCAGGGUGGUGAGUCCAGGCUCAUGUGUUUCAUACUGAUCUAAUUGUUCUCAAUCAAAUAAACAAUUGACCUUAUUGUUUACUCCUACGAAUCAGUCCUUCAUGCAUUGGGAGUGUGCAAGGUAGCAGAACGAAGGAUAAUGAAUGAUGCAGUCCGUUGCAGAGUGUACAUGUAAUGUUGUUGAUCAGUAGGUCAAGAUUCUUGCAAAUUGAAUAGGAUUAUGGUAACUGUAGACAUGAAGAAACUAUGAUAGCCUAGCUGUGAUAAUUUCUAUAAGGUAGAGAAUGAUGUGCUUGUGACUGUCCAUGCACAAGAUGAGAAAUUGUAUUGAUUUGUUUUUGGAGAAGAAAGACAAAUUAUUGCCAGCUGUCACUAUGUACAUAUCUACAUAAAAUUGUAGUUCUGAGGUACAUCCAGAAAUGCGACUAAACAUUCUGUACAGGCCUUCUUAAACUAUACAUAGAGACAGAUAUCAAUAACUUGGCCUUCUCCAAUUAACAUGAGAGGCUGUGAACUCCUCAGGUGUGAAUUAUAAGUUUAUACAUCCGAACAUAUGAACAUAAGAGGGGAGUGACUAUUUGUUGAUUUGAUAUCUCUUCAUCAUGUUGGUUGUUCAAGCAGAGAGCCAUUUAAAAGCUAAGUUAUGAUAUGUACACUGCAGGAAGACUACAGUAGUAACUCUUGUUUUUUUCUCAGCAAGUCAUACACGUCAUAAAUCUUGACAUUCCUGUUGUCAAGAAUGAGUAAAGACAAAAUGAAUAAAGAGGAGGAUUUGUUUAGUCUUGUUAUUAUUAAGUAAUUUAUUCCCAUGUAUAUUUAUUUUUGCAAAGGUUUGCUGAAAUAUCCUCCCUGCUGGUUUCAGGGAACCAAUAAAGUAUCCUACUCCUUUGGGGGUUAUGAAUCAGGAUCAUGACAGAAGUUUUUUUACCGGUACUUAGUUGUGCAUGCUCAAGAAUGAUUAAGCAAAAUCUAGUGUGGGCAUGUUAUUACCCCGGAUACCAAAUCGGGAAGUUUUCUUCCAACUUCUGUUAUUGUGGGGCUGAUUCAUAGUCAUUUAUGAAGGAGUUACAAUUAAUUUCUUGCAAGAUAUUUGCCACAACGAAUUUAACAAAUACUAGCAUGAUGAUUAUUGAUAAAUGGAAUGAUUAUAAUCGAGCAAGGUCAACAUAUUAACUAACACAAAUUCCAAUGAACAAUGCAUUUUGAGAGAUGUGGAACAAAUGAGCAGCAUUUUCUGAAAGAUUUUCAUGUAUUGACACUAACACACAUUCCAAUGCACUAGAUAGAGCAGUGCUUUCUGUAGGAUUUUCAUGAUGAAACUACAGUUAGUAGAUGAAACUUACAGGCCAGUAGCCUAGCCCAGUAAAUUCAACCUGAUGAGAACACUGGUGUGCAGUGCAAACUUCUGAAUUUUGUACCUGUUUAUUUUAUUGAGAUAGUUUUAAAAUGUUAGGAAGAAAGGACUGUUUCAAAGAACUUUUUAUCCACCAGGUAAUUGUAAGUUUAGUUUUCAACAUUUCUUUGUCCAGCUUUUACCAAUGAUGAGCACAUGUAAUUUGUAUUGCACUAAAUGAAAUGACAUUAACACUGUACAAGUAUAAACUGUAGUUGUUGAUUCUGUUCAAAUGUUGAUCUGUUCACCAAUUAUGCAUGCGCAUGUACAUCUUUCUAUCCGGUCAUCUCA